AUGCAGACCCCUGCCAUGCUGUGUCUGCUGCUUGUGUGCACGGGCCUCCUGGAAGCGCCGCUGGCCCAGAGCCACCUCAUCUCUCGACGAGACCUAUUCUCUCAAGAACUGCCCCUGGAUAUGGCCCCAGCCUCCUUUGAUGACCAGUAUGAAGGCUGUGCAGCAGCCAUGACAGCAGCUCUCCCAGAUCUCAACCAAACUGAGUUCCAGGCCAACAAAGUGUAUGCGGAUGGCUGGGUGCAGGCAAGCAGCCAAUGGCAGGACCGCCAGGCCUCGGGGCCAGAGUGGGUCCUGAGCCCUACUGGGUUGCCCCCGCCACCCCCUGGCUUCCGCGAUGAGCAUGGGGUGGCCCUCCUGGCCUACACCGCCAACAGCCCCCUGCACAAGGAGUUCAAUGCCGCCGUGCGUGAGGCAGGCCGCUCCAGAGCCUACUACCUCCACCACUUCUCCUUCAAGACACUCCAUUUCCUGCUGACCGAGGCCCUACAGCUGCUGGGCAGGGACAAGCGUUCACCCCAGUGCCACCAAGUGUUCCGGGGGGUGCAUGGCCUGCGCUUCCGGCCGGCGGGGCCCAGGGCAACAGUCAGGCUGGGGGGUUUUGCCUCUGCGUCCCUAAAGAAUGUUGCAGCCCAACAAUUUGGGGAGGACACCUUCUUUGGCAUCUGGACCUGCCUCGGGGCACCUAUCAAGCGCUACUCCUUCUUCCCUGGGGAGGAGGAGGUGCUGAUCCCCCCCUUCGAGACCUUCCAGGUGAUCAACGCUAGCAGACCGGCCCAGGGCCCCGUCCGCAUCUACCUCCGAGCCCUGGGCAAGCACAGCACCUACAACUGCGAGUACAUCAAAGACAAGCAGUGCAAGUCCAGGUCCUGCCAUCUUGGUAACUCAGCCAUGGGUCAAGGCCCCCCUUCUUCAGUCUGGUCCCUCCUACCGCCAGUCUGGCUCCUUGUCAGGGGAACCUUUCCAUAG